UCAUCAAACAACAGGUUCAUUCGCUUGUAGGCUGUGGUAUCGAACAGAACCUUAGGCAUUUGGUAAAUGUAUUAAAAUGAAGGAGUGAUGUUAGAUAAACGCCUCACAUUAUAUUAAUGAUUAAAAAUAUAUAUUAAAGGUUAUUUUUCUAAAACCAACUGAUGGAUCGAUUAAGUGAAUGGAGGAAGCUGGAACUGGGGGAUGCGUUUUAUUUUGAGUAUGAUUCGGAAGAAAUAGCUGAUUAUCAAGACCCCAAUGAACUUUUAGCAGUUUUGAAACAAAAGGAGGAAGACGUCCUUUUGGCCGCGCAGUUGGGGAAGGCAUUGCUUUUGGAAAAUCGUCAGUUGAAGGAACAGAGCGAAAAACUUCAUGAACAGUAUGCUGGCAAACUUGAGGAACUGGAGCAAGGCCGGCAUGAUAUGCGGGUGAAGCUGGAGGGCUGCCAGUCUGGUUGGGAAAGCCAGGUGGGGGACCUGGAGAGGGACAUAAGGGAUCUGAGUGGCCAUGUGGACAGACUUACCCAAGCCCUGUGUGAUGCUGAGAGGAACAAGACCAGGGUCCAGGAGGAACACUCAGAACACAUCCAGCACCUGAACGAACAACUCAGCACCGCCAUGGAGGUGGAAAGAGUGAUGACAGGGGAGCUGCAAACUCUAAAACAGGAGCUCCAACAGCGAGGCCACAACAACAGACCAGAGGAUGAGGAAGUGUUCAGUGCACUGAGGGAGCAGGUGCUGCGUCUGUCCCAGAAAGAGCAGGCUCUUGAGGAGCGACUAAAGAGCGUGUGUAAGGACAACGCUGACCUACGGGACAGCCUGGCCACUCUACACGCCCGGUUAGCUCUUCAGGAGCAGCAUAACCAGCAGGGCAGCCAACAGCUGGCGGAGGCAUGGCAGGAGGCUGCAGCUGCAAGGGGGCAUUCCCAGCAGCUUCAGGUCCAGGUAGAGGAGUUGCAGGAGGAGAUCUCCCUGCAGCACAGGUGUAGCUAUGGAAACGCGUCCCUACUAUCUGAGCUGGAGAGCAGUCUGGACACCCUGGGCCCGGACAGAGAACAGAUGACCCAGGAAGUUCAUUACAUCCUGGAACUACUGCAACCCCUGACCCUGGAAGUAAAACAUUCUGAGGGGUCAAAGGUUAUAGAGGAAGAUGACCUGCAGGCUAUGCUGGUCCAGCUGAAGAGUGUGGCUCAGAACCUUGCCAACGACAUCCACAGCCAUCAAAUCUCCCAGCUCCAGAAGGAAAACGCUGAACUGAAGUUGAGGCUGGAAAACAGUCAGGAUACAGAUGAAGCCAAACAGGCAAUCAGAGACCGAGAUGAAGCCAUAGCUAAAAAGAAUUUGAUGGAAGCCGAACUAAUGAGGAGUAAGAAUGACAUGAUGUAUCUGAACAACCAGCUGCUGGAGGCUAUCCAACGGAAGCUGGAACUGUCUCAGGAACUAGAGGCCUGGCAGGAUGACAUCCAGAUAAUCAUCAAUCAGCAGCUGAAGACCCAGCAGCAGUCAGAGCAGAUACAGCAAGUCCAUAGGAAUUCUGUUUCCAAUGCCAAGUUUUUCUGGAAAAGACCCAGCACAGUUUCCUCCACUAGGGCCCGCUGGCCCUCCACUUCCCCCGCUACCUGGACCCCAGAGUCUCUGCAGGACAAGCCCCAGUCCCCCUGGAAAGACUGGCUCCGACGGGGCAAGUUGGCAGAACCAAGCAAAUAGGCAAUCCGUCUGGUUGUUGACUUGGAAACACUGGCUCAAGCGCAGGACUGUCGGGUCCUGACCAUCUGGUAAAUGCAGGGAUUUCUUCUGGUUUGUGAUGGUGGAACCUCUACCAUGUAGUGGAACUUUCAGUCCUAACAGAUAAAAUACCAAGUAGAUAAAAGACUCAGUAAAGCUAUAUGUUAGAGAGUUAGGAUGAUAAUGGGCGUAAUGGACCAGUGUCAUUAUGAUGAGUAUUUUCAAGGCCUUUCUGAAGUAGGCUGUUGUCUAGCUUCCCUACAGUCAACAAAUGAGAACCUUAACACCAAGCAUGGCUGAUUGGUAACAUACGCUAACAUGGACACUGAAGUUGUGACCUUUUUCUGUUUCACAAUUACAUUUAAUUGUUGCGAAGUUGUUGAUGAUUUAAAUGUUUAGGAAUAUUGACAGUAUUUUGUUAAACUAUUUAUUUCAUUACCUACAUAUUAUGUAGAUACAGACUAAAGGGAAAUGAAGUUGAGAAAUGGACUGGACUCCGUUAAAGUAGUUGCCUGCUGUCUAUGCUAAAUUGUUUCCAAUUAUGUGUUCAGUGAAAAUAGUCCUUGGUAGGACCUGACCGAAUACAGUUGGUGAUAUUGUAUGUCAUGGAUUCUCAUUGAGAAAUGUUUUGGUAACCAGACAGUAUGAUGUAUUUACAAAAUGCAUUCCCUGCAUUGUAUUCAGGCUUUAGGGCCCUUUGUUAUUACCACACUACUGAAGAGAACAUUUUGAGAAAAGGAGUGUAAUUUUGAAUUAAACAAAAUUAUGGCCCAAACAACAGGAUGUGGUUUGGCAUUGUCUUGCUGAAAUAAGCAAGGCCUUCCCUGAAAAGACGUUGUCUGGAUGGCAGCAUAUGUUGCUCCAA